ACUUAUUAGCUAGCAUGAGCACUUUGACGGAUGCCCAGAUCGAAGAGAUCCGGGAAGCCUUCAAUCUGUAUGAUACAAAUAGGUCUGGCUCGGUGUCGAUCAAGCAGCUAGGAGGAGUGAUGCGUCACCUUGGCGAGAUCCUCACAGAGGCGGAGAUAUAUGACCUUGCCAACGAAGCUGGCACUGAAUUCAACAACCAGGUGGAUUUCAAAGACUUUCUUUUCGUAAUGUCCAAACGGCUUGAGGAGCAGAACAGUCUGGCCUCAUUGAAGCAGGCCUUCAGGAUCUUAGACCGCAACGAAGUUAACUAUAUUACAAUUAGUGAAAUCAAAACAGUGAUGACCAACCUGGGCGAAAAGAUGUCCGAUGAAGAUCUUCACGAGAUGUUCCAGGACAUCGAUGUGGACAGAGAUGGCAAGAUUUUCUUCAACGAUUUUGUUGCUGCCAUGCGAAGCUAAGCUAGGUAUUCAAAAUUGAAAGCACCAAAUAAACACGAAUCCCUUUGGGAAAGAGCCCAACCCA